AAAUAGAAAAAUAUCCCAACAUUAAACCCAAAAACCCUACAUUUGUUAAACCCCAGUCAUCUUCUCCAUUUCUCAAACUCCUAUAGAGUUAAAACAGUCUUAUCUCUGCUUCUCUAAUGGCUAAUUGAACUUAACUAAAAAUACUAUGGCGGCGAAGAAGAAGCAAAAUCAGAACAAGCAGAAUUCAGUGAAGAGUAGUAGUAGCCAAAUUGAAAAAGCAGUGAAUUGCACUAAAAAGAAGAAUAAUAAUAAAAGGAAGCAACAGCAACAGCAACAUCAGAAACAGUUUUUGAAUGAGGAUGAUUAUAGACUUCGGCUUCAGGAGGUAUUGUAUUCACGGGAUUAUAUUUUAGCUAAAAUUUUCAGAAAGGACGGUCCUCCACUUGGUGAUGAAUUUGAUUCUCUUCCUGAAAAUGCUUUUUGUCUCCGCCUGAAGAAAGGUUCCAGAAUUUCUAGUCAUGCGAGCCAAGAAAACCAAGGAGCGACUAAGAGGAGAAAGAUAUCUGCACCUGCCAACUCGCAUUGCCGAGCUUCAUGUGAAAGUAGCCGUCCUGUUAAGACGCAUGGUGUUGGGAAAGGUGUGAUAAUGACAAAAGACGUUUCGGUGAAAAAGUAUGGCACUGGGAAAGGUUUAAUGACUGAGAAGAGGGUUUCAAUUAGAAAACAUGGUAUGGGGAAGGGUUUGAUGACAGUUUGGCGGGUGACAAAUCCUGAUGCCGGAGACGUCCCCACUGGUGUUGAUUUUGGAGAGAGUGCUAAAGAGAGAAAGAAGAAGUUGCUGCAGCGUCAGUCUAUUUUGAGAAAAAUAGAAAAGAAAUUGCAGGAUACAAAGAAGGUUGGCGUGAAAAGCAGAAAGCCAGAGAAUAAAAGGAUUGAAAAGCAGAAGCCACCCCGUAAGGAAAAAUGUGAACUUGCACUGGAAGAGAGAAAGUGCCAAGAAGUCUUACCUAUCAAAAAAAGGAAGUGCCAAGAAAAGUUUACUCAGUUGGAGUCGCUAGUGGACGAUGAGGAACUUGAGUUAAUGGAGUUGGAAGCAGGACCUAACUCAUUAACGUGCUGUACCCACUUCGCAAGCAAUGGACUUCGUGGCUGUUCACUUUGCAAAGGUUUACUUCCAAAGUUUCCUCCGGAUUCAGUAACAAUGAAGCUGCCUCUCUAUGUGCGACCUUGGGAUUCCUCUCCAGAGCUUGUCAAGAAGCUUUUCAAGGUCUUCUACUUUAUUUGUACAUACGUGGCAAGAAUUGAUAUUUGUUCCUUCACAAUUGAUGAGUUUGCUCAAGCAUUUCAUGAAAAAAAUUCCUUGCUCCUUGGUCAAGUUCAUUUAGCCCUUCUCCGGCUUCUUUUGGCAGAUGUUGAAAUUCAGCUUGACAGUGGAUUAAUUCAUCAAGCAAGCAGAAAGUGCAAUUUCUUGGGAUUGGUUUACUCAAUUGAACAUGAAGAAUUUAGUCUGAAACUCUGGAUAAGUUCUCUCAAUGCCUUAACAUGGACAGAGAUACUACGGCAAGUCUUGGUCGCAGCUGGUUUUGGGUCCAAACAUGGUAGAGUACCUCAGGAGGCUCUCAGCAAGGAAGUUAGUUUGAUGGCCAAGUAUGGGUUAACCCGUGGUACACUGAAGGGUGAACUUUUUAGCAUUCUGCUACUUGAAGGAACUAAUGGAAUGAAAGUCCAUGAGCUGGCAAAACUGCAAUCUAUUGUUGAAUUGAAUCUGGCAGCAACAACCAUUCAGCUAGAAGAUUUAAUAAGCGCAACCCUUUCUAGUGACAUUACCUUGUUUGAAAAGAUUUCAUCUUCAGGGUACCGUCUACGUAUUAAUCCUUCUUCAGAGGAAUCUGAAAUUUCUUUCUCAGAUUCUGAAGGAGAUGACACCGAGGUUAUUAGUGGAUACAUCAGAGAUAAUUCAGACUGUGAGUCCCGCGAACUAGUUCCAGCUGAAUCUGGACGGAGAUAUCAGUUUGAAAAUAGGAACAGUUCGUCAACAGUAAAUACCGAAAUUGAUGAAAGCUACUCAGGAGAAGCAUGGUUGUUGGGGCUGAUGGAAGGUGAAUAUUCAGAUCUAGGCAUCGAAGAGAAGCUGAAUGCCUUGGUGGCAUUGGUUGAUCUUCUUACUGCUGCAUCCAGCAACACUGAGAAGGAUCCGAUGCCGUCCCGUGUAGAAUAUGCUCCUGCGAGGAUUCAUCAUGCUUCUGGUGGAAAAAUAAAGAGGUCAUCAGCAAAGUCAUCCUACUUGACUGGUCAAGCACAAAGUCAUAGUGGACUUAGUAAUCAAGAUUCAACAGUGUCGCUGGAACUUGACCCUGUUGAUUCUUCAGCAUCAAUGUCAAAAAUCUGGGAGAAAAAAAAGUCACCUAGCACUGCAAAGAAUGCCAAAGAACUGGAAGCUGGAGACAAUUUGCACCCUAUGCAGUCUAUCUUCCUCGGUUCUGACCGUAGGUACAAUAGAUACUGGAUUUUCUUGGGCCCUUGCAAUGAUCUGGAUCCUGGGCACAGGAGAAUUUAUUUUGAAUCUUCUGAAGAUGGUCACUGGGAGGUGAUUGAUACUGAAGAGUCUUUAUGCUCUUUGUUGUCUGCAUUGGACCGUAGAGGUACACGAGAGGCUCUUCUAGUUGCAUCUCUGGAGAAACGGGAAACCUUCCUUUGCCGAGCAAUGUCGAAUUUGCUGAAUGAUUUAGGAGAUAGGCAAUCACCUCAAUGUGGAAGGAAUUUUUCUAGGGAAGAUAGUUCAUCAUCUGCAGUUUCUGAUGUGGACAACUUAAGCCUGGUUGAAGUGCACAAUGGUUCUACUGGUUCCCAGGUGCCUGUAGGGAGGAAAGGAGAACAUCAGCAAGAAAAAUGGAACAAUGCUCAAGCUUUUGACUCAUGGAUAUGGAAAUCAUUUUAUUGUAAUCUUGCGGCUGUGAAAUGUGGGAAAAGGUCUUAUCUUGAUUCACUUGCAAGGUGUGAACAGUGUCAUGAUCUAUACUGGAGGGAUGAGAAGCACUGCAGGAUUUGCCACACUACGUUCGAGCUUGAUUUUGAUCUUGAAGAAAGAUAUACCAUUCAUACUGCAACAUGUAGGCAGAACCUAGAUCCUGAUAAGUUCUCAAAGCAUAAAAUUCUCCCAUCGGAACUGCAGUCACUUAAAGCUGCAGUACAUGCAAUUGAGUCAGUAAUGCCUGAAGAUGCCUUAGUUGGUGCUUGGAGAAGAUCUUCCCACAAUCUUUGGAUCAAAAGACUGCGCCGGGCCUCAACUUUAUCAGACAUUUUACAGGUUCUUGCUGAUUUUGUCACUGCUAUCAAUGAGGACUGGUUGUGUGAAUCUGGUCAUACUUUGGGAUCGAAUUAUGACCCGGAAGAAAUUAUUGCAAGCUUUUCAAGCAUGCCCCAGACUUCAUCUGCAGUUGCUUUUUGGUUGGUCAAAUUGGAUGCCUUGGUCGGAACCCACUUGGAAAGUGCCCGUUAGCAAUAUACAGUCCAAAGGUACAUUUGUUCCGAUCAGGUGAUAUUCUUUAAUUCCAGUAUUAGAGUACAUGGUUUGCAUCAAACCGGAUCCAUCACACUUCUCUGUGACAAAAUAUAGACUUUUGUAGAGGGUUAUUCCUAUCAUUAUCCCUGAGGGAAUCAUGUCGCUUACUGCUAGAAAUGUAACAGAAAGCUUUAUGAUUUUUUGGAAAGUAAAGCAGAAAAUGCGGCUUGUUCAGCAAUUGGUUCAACGAUCCAACCUGACAUUAGACACUUGUACAAUGUUACUUCCCAACAUCCAUUUUUAUCAUCAGUAUACUAGGAUACAUAAAUGCUUAUCGAAUGUACAUAAUAGAGUAGGUUCUCUUCCUCAUAUCCAGUCCUCACCGCUCCAAUUUUGGCCAUCUGUUGUAUUAGGAGUCACUCUUGAUUUUUUCACUUGUAUUAACACAUUCCUUGUAAGAUAAAGAAUCUGCUAUACAUGUCUUCCUUUGCGGCAAAGUAAUAAAAUUUGAUGGGGCUGUUCUAUGCUUCGAUUCCAGAUCA